GAGCAAGACUUGCAACCCUAAAUUAACAACUAUCAAGAAAGUGGUUAAUUACCAUACAAACAAAUUAUGAUCAGUUGCUUCUCAACCGCGGUCCUGUUAAUUUUGGCCGCCUCAUCCUCCGCCGUAAGAGUAUCCUCUGACGGCGGCGACGACGGCUUGUUGUCGUACCAACAUGUCUCCGUUUCCAGCGAGCUGACCGGCGGGAAGGUGUUGAUGGUCCACUGCAAGUCGGCCGACGAAGACCUCGAGAUCCAUAACUUAACGACGGGGUCAGAAUUCAAGUGGCAGUUCGAUCCAUUGAUCCAGGGCGGAACCACCUUGUUUGGUAAAUCUUGUGGUUGGGUAGUAUUUCUGGUUCGAUUAUGGUUCCACCAUUUUGCCUGAUUAAUUUGAUCAAAUUGAUAGGUAUUUUAUGUUUUAAGAGACAAAAUUUUAUAGGAAAGACAAUGAAGUUUUUCGUUAGGG